CUGCACAGAAGUUGAGCGGAUCCGAGCCGCACGCGACCAGGGUCGCUCAUCGCUUUGUCGCACUCCGACAGUGGCGCAAUCUUGGAACAGCCGGGCCUUCCGACUCGCAUCGUAUUUACCAGCAUUCUCCCCGGCGCUCACGUAGCGCCAUCAGUGCAACAAGGGCGCUCGCAUUUGCGGCUGGCAUAACGAUCAACAGCGUUGCGGGAUAGCUCAUUCACCGGCGACCCACCAUCAGCCCAGAUGCCGGUUCUAGAACAGUUCAAGAACUUCAUACGUCAUGGCAAGGCGGCCAAAGACGGGUAUGGCGGUUCACACCGAUACGAUGGCUUCUCAAACGAGGACGAUCUGCGAGCGUCUAUGGGUAGCAACAUGCCCAUCAUCGUUGCCAGCGGAAGCCCAGGGCAUACUCAACAAGGCUUAAACCCGUCAACAGCAUCCCACUUACCUCCUUUCCAACCGUCCAGCGGAGCCGCCACGUCCGGCAUGGACACCACGCCCGUCGUCAUCAAUGGCGGAGCCGCAGGCGUUCCCAACUCGAACGGCAGCUGCGGCUCCAACAGCGGUGUCGCCUCCGUAGCUGCUGCUGUCAGCAACAGCAACAGCCGCAACCAGCCGCUUCCGUCACCGGGAGCGCAGGCACACAAGGACGUCGCGGCGCAGAUCGUACAGGAGGAACGCGAGGCGAGCGAAAAGAUGCCGAGCUACGAGGGAUUGACCGAGCGCUUCGUCUUACUAAUGAAGAUGGGAGAUGGCGCAUUCUCAAACGUCUACAAAGCGCGGGAUCGCAAGACAGGCCAAAAGGUCGCCAUCAAGGUCGUUCGGAAAUUUGAACUAAGCAGCAACCAGGUGAGUUACGCUUCCGCUCGUGCCUCCCGUCCGGUCCCUUUCCUUCUUCUGCUCCGCUCGUUAUGCCGUGUGCUUUGGUGAUGGGCCGGCGGCAUCCUUGCACUGGCUCAGCUCGACUCUUUUCGGGUCAGCUCCGCCGUCGUGUCAUGCUGCUGCGUAGUGUUGCGUCUCGCUGCGUCGGGCUGCGUCGGGCUGCGCGUGGUGCGCCCUGUCCCAUCACGGUCGCUG